CCAUUUCCUACUGAUUCGUGCCCUCUCCUCACCGUGUCUCGUUACUCUUUGCUCCUUCCCAAUGUCAAGUUUCUAAGCAUCGUAUCAUGGCAACCAGUUCGAAACCCGAGAAAGGUUCCUUGCCGACCCAGCAGCCAGAAAGCAACCUCCAGCGCAUACCGUCCCAUUCUUCCAAAGCCGCCGAAGCAGCACAGCACGCCCCACAGUCGCAUAACAUGGCUACCAUUGCAGACGACGACGACAGGCUACUUGAGCGCAUCGGAUACACACCCGUCCUCCAAAGACACUUUUCAAGAUGGUCGACUGUGUCCUAUGCCAUCUCCAUUCUAGGAGUACUCGGUUCCGUUCCAGCGACAUUCGGUAGCCCAAUGCACUCUGGCGGUCCGGCGACUGCAGUAUGGGCAUGGCUGAUAGGCAGUGUCAUGGCUUACUGUAUAGCAAGUUCAGUCGCCGAGCUGGUAUCGGCAUAUCCAACAGCUGGCGGCAUGUACUAUGUCACAAAGCAUGUUGUUCCCAAGGAUCAUGUCGCACCGUGGGCAUGGAUCAUUGGGUGGUGUAAUUUCCUUGGUCAGGCGGCCGGAGUUGCUAGUCUUGCCUAUACGAUCUCGCAAAUGAUCCUCGCGACAGCCGUCAUGCAUACAUUUGAGAAAGGGGAAGCAGCCUUUGUGCCGACUGCUUUGCAAACGGUCUUGUUGGCCAUCUUCGUCUUAUGCCUGUUCGGCACCAUCUGCUCCUUCCCAACCAAUUGGCUGCACCGCAUCAUUUUAUGGUUCGCUCCCAUCAACAGUGAGUUUUGGAUCAAGUCUCGCGAUCAGCUGUCUUCUGACUAGA